GUUCCAGUAAUCAUGGCCCGGGUAAACGUGGUCGGGGUUGUUGUCAUUCUUUGUCUCGCGGUUGAGCUCUGUAGCGCGGGGGAGUGUGAAGUGUGCAUUGGAUUUCUGAGCAGGCUGUACGAGGGCCUCAGGUCCCAGCACGUGGAGCUGACCCCAGGAAAGGUGGAAGAGGGGCUCCUGAAGGCCUGUGGAGGGGCCGCUGGGAAGGAGAACAGGCUGUGCUAUUAUCUGGGAGCCACCAGUGAUGCGGCCACCAAGGUGACAGGGGAAGUGACACGACCGAUGAGUUUCCACCUGCCCGUUGAGAAAAUCUGUGAGAGGCUUCAGAAGAUGGACAGCCAAAUAUGCGAGCUCAGAUACGAAAAGCACGUGGUGGACUUCAGCAAGGAGAGCCUGUCCAAGCUCAGGGUGGCAGAGCUGAAGAACCUCCUGAACUCUUGGGGCGAGGUGUGCAGGGCCUGCAUCGAGAAAACCGAUUUUGUCAACCUCAUCCAGGAGGUUGCGCCAAAACACACUGCACACAUGGGCCAAAAGACAGACUUGUAAGAUGCAAUGAUUGGUAGAUUUAUACAUUUUCUGAAACAUCAGAUAAACAUUUUACAUUUGCAUUUACAUUUAUUCA